UAGUCUUCAAGAGCAAUGGAAAAGCUCGAGGUGACAAUUGCCUCUUCUUCCAGAUGUCGUCCACAUAAAGAGCGUGGCUCUCACCACCUCAUUGACAUAGGAUGUGACAUGGCUCUCCAGGUCAGAGUUGCUCCAAGAAAGAAAAGACUUGUUACCAACAACCAUGUGAAGAAGCCCAGGCUUUGGAGCUCACGCCUGUCUUCUCUGCAGGUUGUUUUGCAAAACCUUCUUAAAUGUGUCAUCCUCUUCUACACUGUGUACUACGUGGUUCUGAGCCUGGGCUGCAGGGCGCUCAGGGUGGAUGAGUUGGAUGUCCUGGCACCAUUUGAUUUCAAAACAAAUCCCGCAUGGGCCAACUAUAACGUGCUUUUAGUCUCAACGGAGGUCACCUACUUCAUUUGUGGAUUGCUUUUCAUUCUGGUUGUGGAAGAAUGGGUUUGGGAUUAUGCUAUUUCAGUAACUGUUCUCCAUGUUGCCAUCACUUCAACUGACGAUGAUCUUCUAACACAGUGCUUCUGAAAAUUUAAUGUGCAUUUGAAUCACCUGGAGAUCUUGGUACAAUGCUGAUUUUGGUUUAGAAGAGAUGUGUGGAGCCUGUAAGUCUGUAUUUCUAGCAAUUCCUGCAAAAUGCCUGUGUUGCUGGUUCAUGUUGCUACUUUGAGUAGCAAGAUCUAAGUGCUUGGGACCACAGGUGUUUUUAGGUUGUAUAGCUCUGUACUGCCAAUUCUAUGUUUUUCAUAUCAUUGUUUUCAAUAAAUGUUUGUUGGAUUGGAAUUACAACUGAGGUGAGUUAAAUUUAUAUGUAUCUUAAAUAUUUACCACUUUUUAAUAUA